AUGUCCAAGGGCCCCCAGGAAGACUCGGACUGCGUGUGCUCCUACGGGAUGAAGCUAACCUGGGAUAUCAAUGACCCCAAACUGCCUCAGGAGCCAAAGCACUUGGAUGGCUUCCAGGAGUGGCCAGAUGGCUAUGUGCGAUUUAUCUACUCCGUCGAGGACAAGAACGCACAGCGGCAUCUCAGUGGCUGGGCCAUGCGCAACACCAAUAAUCACAACUGCCAGAUCCUCAAGAAGUCGUGCCUUGGAGUGGUGGUUUGUGCUAGGAACUGCAUGCUGCCAGAUGGUACCAGGCUGCAGCUCCGACCUGCUAUCUGUGACAAGGCACGCCAGAAGCAACAAAAGAAAGCCUGUCCAAACUGUAACUCAGCCCUAGAGAUAAUUCCUUGCCGGGGACACAGUGGCUAUCCAGUCACUAACUUUUGGAGGCUUGAUGGCAAGGCAAUAUUUUUCCAGGCCAAAGGAGUCCAUGACCACCCUAGACCAGAGAGUAAAUCAGAGACAGAGGCAAGAAGAAGUGCCAUUAAGAAACAAGUGUCCUCUUCUCACCUUUCCCAGAAAAAGAGGCUUAUAGACUCGGAGACAAGAAGGUAUCAUGAUAGCAGUGGUCAUUUCAACAACAUUCAUCAUUUGUCAUGCAUGGAAGGCCCAGAAAAAUUCAGUAUCAUUACAGACACCAGCUUCCCAAUUCCAACUCAGCCUCACCCUGCAUUUCAAAAUACAGAUCCUUACAAAGCUACUUAUGACUCAGCCAGCUUCCAAGGGGACAUGGCAUCACCAUUCCAAAAGUGUCCUAACCCAAGAAUCGUUCUACCUAGGCCUGGGGGCUAUGAAUUUGAAGUUCCUAAUUAUAUAAAUUCCAGCUCAUAUCCAACAUUUUACAAAGAUUUGGGAAAUACCCCAGUGAAUACAGACCCCCUUAGUUUGACUGGACUUCAGCAUAAUGGUAAUUCAUUGAAUGCCCACGAUAAACACUUUGAUAGUGGACAUCAUGGGCCAAAACAAAUUUUUGGGAAAACUAGUUAUGGAGAUAGGAGUGACUAUGGACAGAUUCAAGCAAAUGCUAAUCCCCCUUACUACAGUGGGGAGUAUCCUUGCAGGUAUGGUAGCAAUUCCUCUCCAGCUGCCACAGCUUUACAAACUGUUAUCACUACAACUACUAAAGUAUCCUACCAGGCCUACAAGCCCUCUGUGGUGAAGUACAGUGACAACAUGUGUGAUGUAAAAAAUCCUCAGAACUGUACCUAUACAGCAGAAAACAUUUCAGGAACUGUUUAUCCUGGGAUAAAGAUUCAAGAAGACUAUGGUGUGGUCAAACCAGCUUUGCUUUACCAGCAUGAUCCAGUUCCCACAAAGUCAGAACAAGUGGAGACUGUGGAUACAUAUCAGUAUGGGCCAAACCCAGGAAACAGUUGCUCUGAGCAUGAAGGACAGUCAUUCAGAUUUGAGAGUGGUGAAUACUAA